CGACAAUACCUCGACCAUUUUUCGGUCGCCUAGAAUCACAGCUACCCGUCUUGCCGCAGCACCAGCACCAGCCCAUGGACUGACUGACUGACGGGCGGAACUGGACUACCCACCGCACAAAUUUCGCCAUUCCACCCUUUGGCUAGCCUCUCUCUCUCUCUCUCUCUCUCUCUGCCGCUCUCUCACCACCAACAGACGCCCCCCCUUCGAAACGCUUUGGGACUCCGUCUACCGCGUUGCCCUACCACACUUGCGCAAGUCCGCCAUCGAAUCCACUCGCCUCGCUCUCCACCCUUUUUCCCUUCUCCGAAUACCUAGUACCACGAGAUCGGCCACACGCAUCUUGCAGCUUGAUACAUCUACCCGUCGAUAUCCUCACCAUUCUCCCCUCCCGAAAGUUUCUAGCUUGGCUCUUUUCUUCCUUCCUCACUCCUACCUCAGUGUACUGCCUAUGCACACUCUCAACUACUCGAUUCUGGAUCUGUUGUCGGCUGGAACGUCUCGCUGCAUCUAGAGGUCCAUAACCCAUAUGUCUUGAUCCCCUUCCCCGAAAAAAACCAAACCCCCCUCUUGAGCCUCGGCAUAUCAGUCAUGAAGCCUGGCAAUACCACCACCAGUGGCCUGUCUCCACCUUCUACCGCGUCUCCCGCUGGUGUCACCAAAAGUACCUCGUUGCCCAUUUCACGGUCAAGCAACUCGACGUGGGAGAAACCUGAACGGGCUCGAACCAGUCACGCUUGCGAACCGUGUCGCGAGCGCAAGACAAAAUGUGAUGGCUCCCGGCCUUCAUGUCGGAGGUGUCUUCACACGGGCACGACUUGCUACUAUGGCUACGGCAAGGGAUGGAGGAAACGGAAGACUGCAGAGGACCUCACGGCAACCUCGCGGCGUUUGGCACGGUAUGAGAGUCUCCUCAAUGAAAUCUUGCCAAUGGUCUCGUCAGAGGUACGAGCCUUGAUCGAAGAAGCGCGCGACAACGAUACUGGGGCAUCAAAUAAUGGUUCUGAGAGUGCGGAUACGGAGCAAAAUCUGCUGCCACCGGCUUUGCUCAAGACUGAGUCGAGCAUGACAGGAUCGGGUGGCCGCAUCAUCCUGCCGUUCCCAAUACCUAGCCCGCAUGUCCCAGCACCCUCGCGCUCAUCAACGUCGUCGGGGACAUUUGAUUCGGUUCCCCCGCCCCCUACAAUUGCGAACACCGCCCCAGGAUCUACCGUCCAGACAUCGUCGCGCCUGUCACCCGACUCUAACAACUCGGGAACCCGGCUGCCAUCCAUCACCGCCGAGGGGCUUCUGAUCGAAACCGGACUCAGAGAUCGAUCGCCUACCAGUCUACACCGCCCGGUUGACCCGGUUGGAAGCUAUGGACAAGACCGGCUGGGGGCGCCGCCAACCUCUCCGACCAGUCACACGUCCGUUGGAGGUGCGUUAACCGGACCACGUCCUGGACGUUCAGAUACUGACCCGCGGAGAAGAGACUAUGCGGUCCCCACAGUUUUCCCCUGGCUGAAAUCCAACGAAGCUGCCGCAGUCCGCAAUUGAAACAUGUUCAACACCUCUUCAAUCCGUUAUCUUGCACGUGAUGGGUGUCCUCGGUUGUGAUCUCGAUCUCGCUUCCUGGCGGAGCUACUGGACCUAGGGACGACUCUCCAAAAACUCCGCACCCGGGACGAGGUUCUAGGCCUCGGAGCUCGACAUUGCGCAGAAGUCUCAGACGUGGGACAAUUCCUGCGCAACACCCAUGUCAGGGGGGGAGAAGACUUUACCCUGAUCUUCACGGAGAUUUUUGCUCGGAAGAGAGAAUGAUCUGCGACUGGCCAUCGCCGAUGGAGGGUGGCUGUCUGGCCGACAAUCACUACGGACAUCUGCCGUCAGGAAUCUGCCACUCGGAUUUGGGCGAGGGAUGUUCCUGCAGAAUGUGCGAAAAGAGGGCAUAAUCAUUCUUGGUGCGCCACCCCCUCGAGGGCGAUCCGCCGGGCCAACCACCUUUUGCAGAGUCAGCGCAGAGAUAGAUGGGAUGGCAGAUUUCGAGACUGCGAUGCAGGGACUGGGUGCAGAAGGGAAGACUUCGACGUUUCGCAGUCGAGGGCCGACGCCAUUCGUCACGGCCCUGGCAGGAUCCACCGCACGCCCAGUCGCCUUGGCACUGCAACGGCACGGGACUGGACUGGCCAGUUCUAAUUACCUUCCAAUUUGGUUCCGAGUGGUGGCGGACUGGUCUUCCGAGUGACACGUCAUGCAGCAGGCCCCCUAUCUCACCCUAUGACAGUCCGGCCUCCGAGAAAAGAAAGAAGAGUGACUUGUUGCUGACGGUGGUGAUGUUGUCAUCGGAUAAUGGGGUCCGUGAUCGGGCCAUUGCUCAGCGAAAGGGGGCCACCAGGGCUCAUUUGGAAAUGGCCCGUUGGCUGUCAGACUAACGGGACAUGCACAUCCGGAGGCAAUCAGCCGAAUUCCGGAGUCGAAGACAAGAUCACCAUGUCCGAGGUCCAUUGGCUUGGUCUCAACGACCAUGAGCCACACCCACGGAUCUGCAGCACUUCAACAGUCCAUGCGAUGCUCAUGGACCGCCGUCACCCUAUCCCUUCUACCCGUCGGUGAGGCCUGAAGCUGCGUCGGGGUUGGUUGGGUGAUGCGGGUAGAGGAGAGUUACAUGAUGAUGACUUCUUCGCGAGUCCAAAGCAGCUACGAGUCACAACACCGUUUGUGAUGACCCAGCCCUCAGCUUAGAUGACUCUGACGGGUAGACAGCACCAGAUUCAUACGACACAGUAACGCCAACUUAGAAAAUCUAGACUGAUGCCAACAUGGAUGCGCUGGACUAAUGUGGAUGCGCUUAAAAAUCCGGGGUGUGGUUAAUUCACUUUCCUAUUCAAAUUAUAGCAUUGGUCUCCAUUGGUCUCGAUUCUCCCAGAUUCUGCACACCAAACCCUCCAGACGUCUUGCAGUGACGGGGCGAUAACACCACACAUCAGUUGCUGACCUGUGGAGAGGCACACAAUGUUAGUCAUGGCUAUAUUACCUCGGGUAUACCGUCAAACACAUUCGAGAUAUAAAUGGCAAGUUUUAUGCCGUCCCACUCU